AUGGUUCAGCGAGGAGCACAUCUACCGAACCGAUAUUUCAUUGUGAGUACAGUAGCUUCAGUCGAUGACUGUAGUGGUAGACUGACUGUCUGCGUUGGUGCAGUCAGCAGCAUACUUGCCGCUGAUGUGUGCAACAUUCAUAAUCGUAGACUCUUGACUUGCGAGUUGCCGGGGCCGCCUACCUUGCUAAUCACGAUUGCACUCGCUCGUCACUCCUCCAGCAAGUCUCCAAGCGUUUAGACACGCGCAAGCACCUGAUCUCGGUGUUUGCAGACGCAGGCGCGAGCGCAAACGCGGCGUAUGACGACAUCUUCAGGGGGCUUGUGCUCUCGAGCGAGCAGAGUCACAAUCCGCGAUUCGUCAGUCGCAAGUCAGGAGUCAGGCGCACAAGGGAAAGGACAAGGGGCGGGGGGGAAGACGAAAUGAGCCACGUACCGUACGAAUUUGCGAUUCACAAUCUUCAGUUCAAUCAGUCAAGGAGUCCAAAUCAAAGCGGAAUGA